AUGGCGAGGGACAAGGCGAGGGGGACGGCGCCGCAGGAGCGGUGCGAGGGCCCCAAGGAGACCAUCGCGGCCCUCAACGAGAUGGAGGAGAACCUGCGGCGACUUGGGUUGCGCAGUGAGGCGGGCUCCACGACGGGCGACGCCCUCCAGGCGGGCGGGGCGCAGAAUUAUGUGGCGUCCAUUCGAAAAGCGAAGGAGGAGGCCGUGAAGCUACGCCACGAGAAGGAGUACCGGCAGUUUGCGGCGGAGGAGCAGAAGCGCGAGAACGAGAUGAUGCUCUCUUACGCGAACAGGGAAAAGGCGCUGCGGGAGGUCAUCAAGAAGGCUCAGGUAUUGCUUGCGCAGGAGACGAGCUCCGCCCGCGACGCCGUCUCAGGCCGCGACCAGAAGCAGGCGGAGCAGUUCAUACGGGCAGAGGAACUGCAGCGGCAGAGGGUCCUUCGUGGCCGCCUGCAUCAGCCGGCGAAGGGGCCGGAGGCGGGUGUAUUUCCCAUUCAGCAAACGAUGCCAGCCGCGUACGAUGAGGUGCGGGUGAUGAAGAAGCAAGCCAAGGCCGCUGCCGUGUGGGAGUAUUGUCACAUCGUCGCCUCCGGCGUUGCGGAGUUGGCCAUGCGGGUGGCGGACAAUGUCUACGCCCUCGGCACAGAGAACGGGGUCCCCGUGCUCCGCGUGCCCCGGGACCUGCCCAAGUCGCAGUGGCGUGCGUGGGUAAAUGAACUGGUCUUUGCGAAAACGGUGUCGCGGCCAAUGAGCGACGUGCUCGCCGUGACGCCCCUGCGCGAGCUCCGCGACCCCGACUACAAGAGCUCCUCCGCGCAGAGGGAGGAGGGUGUCUGCUCUUCCCGCAGGGGGAGCGAGCCGAGCGGGCGCACGGCGUCGGAGCCGGUGCGGGACGUCACCCCCUACGCGGACAGCCACGCUGUCGCCACAGACGCGGCGGCGGAAUACCUCCUCAGGCGCCUGGUGGCGCGGCAACGCAACUACGAAGCCAACCUCGUCACCCGUAGCGUGGAGGAUGCCAUUGCGCUGAUCAAAAAGUACGAGAAGCGGCGCCUUUGCGCCGAGUUGGACGAGCUGCGGCGGAAGCAUGAGCCACAGUGCCCCGAGGAGGUCGCGCCGGGCUGGACGCAUCGGCUGCCGCCCGCCGGGUGCUUUUUGUACGGCGAUGAAUUAAGUGGAUUAAAGAAGUUUGUCGAGGCGGCCUGCGGCGAGGCGGCGCACGAGGCAACGCAGGCCAUCCCGCCGCACCGGCGCCGCGGCAGCGCCACGGCGGCGACAGAGACGGCGCGGGCCAUGGUGGAGUCUGAGGGCGGGAAAUGGGAGAGCGAACCGUACCGCGUCCUCACCCCCGCGACGCUGAUUCGCACGCAGCAGUCCUCCGGCCAGGGCGGCGGCGGCGGCGGCGGCGGCGGCGGCUUCGGUGGUGGCGGCGGCGGCGGCGGCAACUUCGUGACGUCCAGCUCGAAGAACGUGCGGGGACUCGCCGCCGCGGCCUCCAACGCCGCACGCGCAAAGGAGGGACGUCCGCCGGAGGAGCUGACGGAGUCGAACCCGUACAUCGACGCCCUCUGCGAGGCGCUGACGAAGGAGCUUGCCGCGGUGUAUCAGCAUAAUCUUCAGCUCGUGAUGCGGAGCAGCGCCGCCGCGAUUGAGCCCAAGUUCCCCGCCAAAGGCACGCUGCGCACCCUCUUCCUUGUGGGAUUUCCCGAGACGGAGGCGUUUCUGCGCACGCUGCAGCAAAAGCUUCACCUCGCCGUGGAGGCCGUAGAGCAGGAGCUCAGCAAAAUCCUCCGCGCAGAGGAGACGGCAGAGGAGCCGUUGGUUUCCCAGUCGCCGGCCAAGGGGCGGGGCGCCCAGAAGGGGGUCAGGAGCUCGCAGGAUGCGGCGGCGUCACACAGGAAGGUCACGAGGCCGGCGCAGUCUGGUGCCGGGAAGCGAGGCACCGGUCGACUCCCCGCGACGUGGAGCGAGGAGGAGACUGUGCCUGUGCGCCCUCGCGUGUACCCGCCGCUUUGCCUUCUUGGCAUCUUCCUGCAGUACGACGUCCCCUCGCGCUGGAGACGCAUGCAAAACACGUGCGGGCGCCCACCCCAGUCUUCUCCAGAGUCGAGGGGCCAGAGGACGGUGGCCAUCGAGGAGGAAGCUGGCGACCCCGCCCCCGACUGGACCACAGAAAAGCUGCACCACGAGCUCAUUCAGCAGGACAGAAAAAUGCGGAAGCUCUGGAAGACGUGGUGCACCAACGUGUACCGGAUCUCCGUCUCGCUUGAUGCAGAGAUGCCGCGGUCCUCGUCUGCCGAGAAGCAGAAGAAGCGUCCCCGCCCCUCAUUUCCAGCCAAGGGGAGUGAACCCCUGCCCCUACACCCAACCUCCCUGGCACCCGCCCCGUUGAACACGUUUCCGAAGGUGCUUUUCUUCUGGCGCAAGGAAGAUCUCACGGGUGCGCUGGGGUCGAGCAACGCCGCAGAGGCCAUCAUCGCCGCCAUCAGUGUUGUCCUGAGCCCCACCCUUUACUCCGUUACGAGGAAUGAUCGUCUCGUGCGGGGGCAGUUGGCGACUCCGUUGCAGUUGGGCGACUACCGUUUUCUUCCCGCCGCACUCGCGCAGUUGGUGGAACACCAGCGGCGCUUCCAGGCGCGUUGGAAGUGGCAGACGAGCCCCUACGCACAGGCGCUGACGUCGACGCUGGGCCCCUCGUCGUUACAUCCGGCGUCCCUGCCACCGCUGCGGACGGUGUCCCCGGCCUUGUCGUCUACGCAGUUAGCCGCGUCAGCGGCGGCGAAGGCGGCGUGCUUGUUGCCGGCAGCAGGCACCAUUUGCGGCAAAGAGAAGAGCGUGGCAGUGGAAAACAUGGUGUUUCUAGAGACUGAGAUGCACCGAGUUUUUGCAUUUUUUUCCUGGAUCUCUUGCAAUUCAUUACGCAAGAAGCGUUUCCUCCAUCGUUGUGGGGGACGUUGCAGCACCCCAACAAUGUCGUGGAUCCAAACACCAGCACUGGAGUGGAAGCCUUCAGUCGCACGCUGCACUUUCUCUCCAUCGACGCCAACUAUGACACUUCGCGUGAGGCACUCCAAACGUUACUGGUGGAUGGCAUGGCUAAGCUGA